AAGGGCUACACGGGGCGGCUGAUAAAACGCCUCUCACUGCUGACGACUACCAUGAGGCAGAGUUAGCUCUCCUGAGACAUGCCCAGACAGAGAGCUUCCCAGAAGAAGUGGCCCUGCUCAGAGCUGGUAAGCCCCUCUCUUCCACUAGCAGAUUACUAACAUUGUCUCCUGAAUAUGACAGAUCUUCCAGCCUGGUCCGUGUUGGUGGCAGACUUAGAAGAUGUGACACUCUGAACCCAGACAUGCUGCACCCCAUACUCCUGUCAGCCUCUCACCCAAUCUCCAAGCUCCUGAUUCAGCGCUACGAUAGCCAGCUGCACCACCCUGGAGCUGAGCGUGUGUUUGCAGAGCUGCGCCGGAAGUACUGGAUACUGAGGGGCCGAGAAGCAGUUAAGAAACACCAACAUACCUGUGUGGACUGCAGGAAGUGGAGAGGCACCCCUCAAGUGCCCAAAAUGGCUGACCUACCACCCUCCAGUCUGAGGCUCUUCAAACCGGCCUUUUAUUCUACAGGUGUCGACUGUUUCGGACCUAUGCUUGUGAAAAUAGGCCGACGCACUGAGAAGAGGUGGGGCAUUUUGUACAAGUGCCUCACUACACGAGCCAUUCACCUGGACCUCUUGCCCAACAUGGACACAGACUCAUUUCUGAUGUCACUCAGACGCUUCAUCGCUCGCAGAGGGAAACCCCAUGAGCUCCUCUCUGACCAGGGCACUAAUUUCAAAGGAGGAAGCAAGGAGCUGCAUGAAGCCUUUCUCGCUCUGGAACCUACUUUAAAGGAACAACUAGCAGCACAACAAAUUCGCUUCCGGUUUAAUCCACCCAACGCGCCACAUUUUGGUGGUUCAUGGGAGCGCGAGGUGAGAUCUGUGAAGAGCGCUCUCCGCACCACUCUAGGAGAUCAGUCAGUGCCAGAUGAGGUGCUGAGGACAGUCCUCAUUGAGGUAGAGGGAAUUCUCAACUCUCGGCCCCUGGGUUACGUGUCCUCUGACCUCGCUGACCCCGAUCCUGUCACACCUAACUGUUUGCUGAUGGGGCGGCCGGACUCAUCCCUUCCUCAGGUGGUUUAUCCUGAGUCAGCGCUGUUAAACCCGUAAAAGGUGGCGUCAUUCACAAGUUUUAGCGGAUCACUUCUGGAAGAACUUCAUUCGGCACUUCCUGCCCACAUUACAAUCACGGCAGAAGUGGCAGACAGAGAAAGACGACAUUACUGUGGGCACAGUCGUGCUCAUUGUGGACCAGCAGAUUCCCAGAGCUCUCUGGCAGGUGGGGACAGUAAAAGCUGUGAUUCCUGGAGCAGACGGCCGAGUGAGGACGGCUGUUGUUCAAGUAAAGGACCGGACCUACACUCGCCCAGUUGUUCGUCUCAUCAGGCUGCCAGCUUUACCCCAGGACAGUACAGUUACUUAGUGGUCAAAUUUGCAUAGCAAAUUUGGGGGCGGCUGUAUAAAAGACAUUUAGUCUUGUUAUAUAUUAGUUGUUGUUUGUUGUUAUACUCUUUCUCACCACAAGAGGGGUGCGCCUGCACACCGAGUGAGUCACGAACUCUUGAGUCAGUAUAGCGGCGUGACGGUCAGUGCAUCGGCUGUGUUUCGGACACUUUAAUGUCUGAAUGAUAGUGUGCGUCCUUUAGACAGAACCACACACACACACGUGUUUCAGCACGCAGACAUUAAAGAAACGUUCAACAUUACCUGGAUGUGGACUCCCUCAUUUUAACUCACCAGAACGUCUAUAAUUGCUGUCCUGACCCGACACCCUGUAGUGAUUGCUAGCCAGCACUCCAGUUUUCUCAUA